AUGUCAUUUUCAACUGUUUAUAAAGUCUUCUUCAAAAGAAACUCCGUAUUUGUAGGCACGAUAUUCUUAUCUGCAUUUGUAUUUCAAUCUGUAUUUGAUUCUGGUGUCACUAAAUGGUUUGAACAUCAUAAUAAGGGGAAGCUAUGGAAGGACGUGAAGCUUCAGAUACCAGGAGCUGAAGAAGGAGAGGAGGAGGAUUAG